ACUAGCAGCAUCUCCUUUGUGGCUGCUGGGGGCUCGGUCACUAGAGCACCGCGCUUCCACUCACAGACACACAUGCGCUCCCAGCGCCACCAUCACACACACGCAGUGGCAGCCGCAGCCGUCAUCAGAGCCGGGGCUGGGGCAGGGACCGCUACCGUGACGACUGGAGCUACGGCGACAGCAGCAGUGGCACCAUGGCGCAAGCUGCCAAGCAGCUCCGCAAGAACAAGGACCUAGCGGAGCUCGCAGCUCAGGAGCUGAAAGAUAAGGAGGAUGAGAAGAACAAGAAGAGGAAUCGAUCGAGGGACCGCAGACGCAAGGCGGAUGCUGUCACCAGUUUCCUCCGUGCGGCCCGUUCAGGGAACCUGGACAAAGCUCUUGACCACAUCAAGAAUGGAAUAGACAUCAACACAUCUAAUCAGAAUGGGCUCAACGGUUUGCAUCUGGCCUCUAAAGAAGGCCACGUCAAGAUGGUGCUGGAGCUACUACACGCAGGAAUUGUCCUGGAGACCACCACUAAGAAAGGGAACACUGCCCUUCAUAUCGCUGCGUUGGCAGGCCAGGAGAAAGUGGUGGCUGAGCUCGUCAACUAUGGAGCCAACGUCAAUUCCCAGUCCCAGAAAGGCUUCAGUCCCCUCUACAUGGCAGCACAAGAGAACCAUUUAGAGGUAGUGAAGUUCCUGUUAGAGAAUGGAGCAAAUCAGAGCCUUCCAACAGAGGAUGGGUUCACGCCGCUGGCGGUGGCUCUCCAGCAGGGUCAUGAGAACAUGGUGGCCCUGCUCAUCAACUAUGGCACCAAGGGCAAGGUCCGUCUUCCUGCCCUACACAUCGCUGCACGCAACGACGACACACGCACUGCCGCAGUGCUGCUGCAGAAUGACCCUAACCCCGACGUCCUCAGCAAGACUGGCUUCACUCCUCUCCACAUCGCAGCUCACUAUGAGAACCUGAGUGUGGCCCAACUGCUAAUAAACAGAGGCGCCAAUGUCAACUAUACUCCCAAGAAUGGUAUCACCCCCCUGCACAUAGCCUCCAGGAGGGGUAAUGCGAUCAUGGUUCGGCUUUUGCUGGACAGAGGGGCCCAGAUAGACGCCAUGACCAAGGAUGAGCUGACCCCUUUGCACUGUGCGGCCAGGAACGGUCACGUGAGGAUCAUCGAUCUCCUGCUGGACCAGGGGGCUCCCAUCCAGGCCAAGACCAAGAAUGGCCUGUCCCCCAUCCACAUGGCGGCCCAGGGAGACCACAUGGACUGUGUGAGGCAGCUCCUCCAGUACAACGCUGAGAUCGAUGACAUCACGCUGGACCACCUGACCCCUCUACACGUGGCGGCCCACUGUGGUCACCACCGCAUGGCCAAAGUGCUGCUGGACAAGGGGGCCAAGGCCAACGCACGUGCACUGAAUGGGUUCACUCCCCUCCACAUUGCCUGUAAGAAGAACCACAUGCGCUCCAUGGACCUGCUUCUGAAACACUCUGCCUCCCUGGAGGCCGUCACAGAGUCUGGUCUGACUCCCCUGCAUGUAGCAGCCUUCAUGGGCCACCUGAACAUUGUGAAGAACCUGCUCCACAGAGGAGCUUCUCCCAACGCCUCCAACGUGAAAGUGGAGACGCCCCUCCACAUGGCAUCCAGGGCGGGCCACUGUGAGGUGGCUCUGUUCCUGCUGCAGAACACAGCCCAGGUGGACGCCAAGGCUAAGGAUGACCAGACCCCUCUGCACUGUGCGGCCCGGAUGGGACAUAAGGAGCUGGUCAAGCUGCUCCUGGAGCACAAGGCCAAUCCUGAUUCGGCUACCACCGCUGGCCACACCCCCUUACACAUUGCCGCCCGUGAGGGACACGCCCACACCACCCGCAUCCUCCUGGACGGGUCGGCCCAACAAACCAAGAUGACAAAGCAGAAAGGAUUCACUCCUCUCCAUGUUGCCUGUAAGUACGGCAAAGUGGACGUGGUCGAGCUGCUGCUGGAGAGAGGAGCCAACCCCAAUGCGGCUGGAAAGCAGAACGGCCUGACUCCUCUACACGUGGCCGUCCAUCACAACAACCUGGACGUGGUCAAGCUGCUGGUCAGCAAGGGAGGCAAUGCACACAGCACUGCCCGGAACGGCUACACUCCCCUGCACAUUGCAGCCAAGCAGAACCAGAUGGAGGCGGCUGGCUGCCUGCUGCAGUAUGGAGCCUUGGCCAACGCUGAGUCCCUCCAGGGGGUCACGCCCCUCCACCUGGCCUCCCAGGAGGGCCAGCCAGACAUGGUGGCCCUUCUCAUCUCCAAACUGGCCAAUGUCAACCUCGGGAACAAGAAUGGACUGACCCCUCUGCACCUGGUGGCCCAGGAAGGUCACGUGGGGAUAGCAGACACCCUGGUCAAACAGGGGGCAUCAGUCUACGCAGCCUCACGGAUGGGCUACACAGCGCUUCAUGUGGCCUGUCACUAUGGCAACAUCAAGAUGGUGAAAUUCCUCCUGCAGCAGCAGGCUCAUGUGAACUGCAAGACCAGAGUGGGCUACACUCCCCUGCACCAGGCUGCCCAGCAGGGUCAUACUGACAUAGUCACCCUGCUGCUCAAACACGGAGCCCUGCCCAACGAGAUCACCACCAAUGGGACCUCUCCUCUGGGUAUUGCCAAACGACUGGGUUACAUCUCUGUCAUUGAUGUGCUGAAAUUGGUCACCGAUGAGGCCGUUUCCGUGAUCACCACAGAGAAACAUCGGAUGAGUUUCCCUGAGACAGUAGAUGAGAUAUUGGAUGUUUCAGAGGAUGAGGGUGUUGCAGCGCUAACAUUAGGUGAUGAGUUGCUGGGGAUGGAUGGCGCUCGCUACCUGAAGCUUGACGACCUCAAGGACCAGGAUGAUGAUUUCCUGUCCCCCAAGAAGACCCUGAGAGACUUUGAGGGUGGCCUGGGCACCACGCCCUACUCUCCUGCUAUUCCCAGAAUCCCGUGCGUGUCCCCUGAAACUGUCCUGCUUGAGGGGCACACCCCUGUCCCCUUGCCUAAGGAGUAUGAUGAGGACUCUCUGAUCCCCAGCAGUCCUGCUACAGAGACCUCCGACAAUGUCAGCCCAGUGGCCAGCCCCAUACACACAGGGUUCCUGGUCAGUUUCAUGGUAGAUGCCCGAGGGGGCUCCAUGCGUGGCAGCAGACACCACGGGCUGCGUGUCAUCAUCCCCCCGCGGACCUGUGCUGCCCCCACCCGCAUCACCUGUCGUCUGGUCAAACCCCAGAAACUCACCACCCCACCCCCGUUGGUAGAGGGAGAGGGCCUGGCCAGUCGUAUCAUCUCCCUGGGGCCCUCCAGUAUGCAGUUCCUCGGGCCAGUGAUAGUGGAGAUUCCCCAUUUCGCUUCUCUGGGUCGAGGGGACCGGGAGCUGGUUGUUCUGCGCAGUGAGAACGGCUCUGUAUGGAAGGAGCAUCGCAAUCGCUAUGGCGACGAGGUGCUGGAGACCAUUUUGAAUGGCAUGGAUGAAGACCUGGAGAGUCACGAGGACUUGGAGAAGAAGAGAAUCCGCCGCAUCAUCUCCACUGACUUCCCCCUCUACUUCGCUGUGGUGUCCCGCGUCCAGCAGGAGAGCGACCUGAUUGGCCCAGAGGGCGGUCAGCUGGCCAGCAUGCUGGUCCCUCAUGUCCAAGCCAUCUUCCCUGAGACAGCGGUCACCAAGAAAGUUCGACUGGGGCUGCAGGCUCAGCCUAUCCCAGACGAGCUGCUGACUCAACAGCUUGGUAACCAAGCGACCUUCAGCCCAGUGGUCACCGUCGAGCCACGACGACGCAAAUUCCACCGGCCAAUCGGAUUACGCAUCCCGCUGCCCCCCUCUUGGAGGGAGAGUCCACGUGACGCUGGGGAGGGGGACACCACCAGCCUGCGCCUCCUCUGCAGUGUCAUUGGUGGAACAGCACCUGCCCAGUGGGAGGACAUCACUGGCACCACCAAGCUGAUGUACACCAACAACUGCGCCAACUUCACAACCAACGUCUCUGCAAGGUUCUGGCUGGCAGACUGCCCGCGCACAGCCGAGGUGGUGACCUUCGCUAACCUGCUGUACCGGGAGCUGAUGGCCGUGCCCUACAUGGCCAAGUUUGUAAUAUUCGCCAAAAUGAACGAGGCACGCGAGGGCCGCCUUCGCUGCUACUGCAUGACCGACGACAAGAUGGACAAAACCCUGGAGCUGCACGAGAACUUCAGCGAGGUGGCCCGGAGCAGGGAUAUAGAGGUGAUGGAGGGCAUGCCGCUGCACCUGGAGUGCUCUGGGAACCUGGUGCCUGUGAGGAAGGCCACUCAGCAAACACGCAGCUUCAGCUUCCAAGCCUUCAGAGAUAACAGACUGCCCGUCUCUGUCAAGGUCAGAGACAGCAAUAAGGAAGCCUCUGGGUUCCUUUCUUUCCUGCGGAAGUCUACCAAGUAUGAGGAUGCACAGCACGUGCUUUGUAACCUCAACAUCACCAUGCCACCCUGUGUCAAGGUUGUGGGGAGUGAGGAGCGGAGGCGAACACUGACCCCAUUGGCCCUGAGGGAGCGCUACAACACGCUGAACGAGCCCGGUCUGGCUACAGUGAACGCCAUGGAGAGGACCGAGCUCAAGAUCUCCCUCAUAUCUGAACAGCUGGGAUUGAGCUGGGCAGAGUUGGCACGGGAGCUGCAUUUUGGUGUGGAUGACAUUAACAGAAUCAGGGUGGAGAAUCCUAACUCCCUCCUGGACCAGAGUUCAGCCCUGCUCAACCUGUGGGCUGGCCGGGAGGGCAAGAGGGCCAAGAUGGAGAGUCUAUAUGGGGCUUUGAAGAAUAUUGACCGUUCAGACAUUGUGAGUUCUGUGGAGGGCCAGCCACAGGCCGGGGCCGGGGCCUCAGAGGAGGGGGCCUGCAGACUGGCUGACCGUGACUCCACCCUGCUCUCCCCCAGUGUUAUCAAUGGUUACGGGCUUGUGCAGGAGGAGCUGCUCUCCCCAGCCUCCAUGCAGUACAGUCUGCCCUCUCCACUGGGAGCUGAGCCCUACUGGCAGGAGGUCUCCAGCAUGGAGUGUGCCCCAAUCGCCACCACCGAAGAAGACACCCUGAUGGAGAUGUCGGACGUGCAGGUGUGGCCUUCGGGGGUCAGCCCCUCCCUGGUCACAGUGGAGGACUCGUCCCUGGAUGGCAGCAGCCGAGCUGAUGACUCGGAGGGGGCCACCCUGUCCCUGCCCUGCAGCCUGGGGCGGCCCAGCAGUGGGGCCAGUGGCUCCAUCAUGGAGCUGGAGGAGGAGGAAGAGGAGGAAGGGGAAGUAGAGGAGGUGGAGGAGGUGCGGCAGGAGCCGGCGCUGGCGGACAGGGACAGGGUGAGGGCCAGUGGUGCCGUGCCAAAGGUCAACCUGAAUGGCCAGCUGGGAGGUCAGAGGUCGGAGGGCAGGAAGGUGGAGGUAGCAGCAUCAGUGGCGGGCAGCAGUGUGACUGGAGGAGGAGCGAGGGGAGGAGGAGGACUAAGACAGAGUUCAGAGGAAGGGCUUUCUGUUGUUGCAGGGCAGCAGGUUUACGCCCAGCUGUGUGAGAUGUCAGGACUGAGCCGAGCCAUGGAGCACAACGGAGACAACAGGGUGGUUGGGGGCGGUGCAUUCCAGCCGUACUUACCCGACAAGGACUCCCUGCGCUGCUGGGCGGGGUCGCAGACACCCAGGCUGCCCCGACAGAGUGUGGAGACGCUGAUGAUGUCACCAAGGUCGUGUGUUACCGAGGAGGCUCUGCUGAUGCCGAUUGAUGUUGAUAAAGAGGACUAUGCUGUUGAGUUUCUGGCUGAGGAGCAGUUGGUAGACGAACAUGGAAACGUUGUCACUAGGAAGGUGGGGAUGGAUGUAAGGAAGGGUGCUCAGUCAGUGAAGCGCACCAGUCUGCGGAGAGUAAAACACUGAAACACACAUACCCAGUCCUCAAGAACCGGACAUCCACUGCCAAACCAUCCUCCACAAACACAAAGCCAGGUGACAGAGGAAAAC